AUGAAUAUAUUAAAAUGUUUAUCUUUAUUUGGAAAGCACAAUACAAAAAAGAUAUUAAACUAUCAAUGUAGUUCUUCAAAAUUAGUUAAAAAUUAUUUUAUGAGUAAAAAUAAUGAAUUUAAUAAUAAAUAUGGUGAAGCAAAUAGUGAUAAUAUAAAAAAGAUUAAGAAAGUAAAAUGCUAUAAUUGCCAUAACAGUAUUGAUGUUGAUUUAGUACCUUUUUUUUGUAAAAAUUGUAAAGCUCUUAUCAAUGUUGAUGUCUUCAAAAUUUUUAAUAUUUUUAAACUUUUUGAUUUAGAAGAAACUUAUGAUAUAGACAAAGCUUUUCUAAAAAAAAAAUUUAAUGAUAUACAAAAAAUAUACCAUCCUGAUAAAAAUUCUCAAAAUACAGAAUUAGAGAAAAUAAAUGAAGUGUCAAGUUAUUUAAACAAUGCAUAUAGAACAUUACUAAAUGAUGUUGAUCGGGCUUUAUAUUUAAUGGAAAUUCAAUAUAAUUAUAAGAUACCUGAAGAAGAAAAUAUGGAUGAUGAGGAAUUUUUGACUGAAAUUAUCAAAAUUAAUGAAGAAAUAACUAGUUCUAAAGCAAAUAUUGAAUUAUUAACAAAAAAAUAUAAAGAAAUGUAUGAGAAUUAUGUUGAAAACAUAAAAACGUAUUUCAAAGAAAAGGAUUUUAACAACAUUUUAAAUGCUUUAAAAAAAUUAAAAUUUAUAAAUAGGAUUUUAGAACGGUUACAAGAUUUUUAG